AUGGGCUUGCAUUCCUUGCAGCUUGAUGCCCUCAGUACCUUCGUGACGCACAUCGGGUCCCUCGUGGCACAUCAGAAUCCGGAGCCCAAUGCUGACACCAAUUUCGCUAUCGCCAUGAUUGUCGUCUCCGGCAUAGGAAUCAUAAUGAAUUCCCUCCUCAUCCAUGGAAUUCGCAAGUCGAAGAGGAAUCUCAUCACUCCUUAUUUGUUGGUGGCUCUCGUGCUCCUGAUCCUGAUGCCGCUGGCCAACGCCGCACUGCUCGUCUUCACAAUUCUCGCUGGCAUAAAUGAUGAUCCCAACGUCUUCAACCUCGUCUUCUACACCGUCGCCCUCUUCAUUAUUUAUCCAUUUCUAAUCCAUUUCUUCCUUGUCGUCUAUUCCUAUUUCAAGGAACUUGAAAACGUGGCCCCAAUCGGAGCACACGACGGAAACAUUCGCCUCGAAGAACCCAUCCAAUAUUCCCCGCGAGACGGGAAGUAAACUCCAUCAACCAGAUGAUUUUCUCUCUCACCUUUCCAUUGCAUUGUUGUAUUUGCCCAGCUGUGGUUGCAGGGACAGCGCAUUCUUCCUCGAUCCUUCUGGACGACUUCGCCCACUUUGAGUAAUUCAGCUCGGUUCCGAAUUUGAACGCUUCCGUCAAUGUUGGCCAAAGUUGCAACACUUCCUCGCCUGUAGUAUGCACAUCGGAAUCGCAUAGAUUUUCCGAAAGGCCUGUUAAUGUGGAUUUUCCUGCGAGACCUUUGUCGAGAGAGACAGCAUGGACCGGCGUUCAGUCCUCCUUCACUUUCUUCAUUAGCUUGAGUUGUCUUCUCCCUGUCCUCCACCACAUCAUAUGGGAAGUGAAACUGUGGCUGUCGUGGAAGAGUGGAAGCGAUGAGCGAACAUGUGCAUUUCCCUUUCCUGCAAUUUCACUUUGAGGAAUGAUAAGAGUAUCGAAUUGUAUAAAUGAAACGUGAAAACUUGUUUUGAAGGAAGGGAUGAAUAACUUCCUCGAGUCGAAAUUUACUCACGGACAUGAGGCGGAAGAGGUGAAGUUUUGGUGUUACUCAUUGGUUGUGAGAC